AUGGACUAUUGGAGUGAUGAAUUUUGGAAGGAUGAUUACUUUUGGCUCUUCGAAACGGAGCAAAAGGGUGACUUUUGGGUUGGAAUUUCAACUCUGAAUGUCCACUUUUCCAGGAAUGACGCUAAUCCAAUUAGUUAUACCGAAGAGCUGGCAUCUGCUUGCAAGGAAGCGCAAGUUUUAUCUUACGACUUGGUUCACACAUUUCAGCAAAAUGGGUACAACUAUUUUAUAGAAUAUAUCAUUCAAAACCGUAGUGAUAAUUAUGAGCAAAAUAGUGAAGUUGGUCAAGAGCUUAACUUUACAUUCCUUCAGCAGUCGAUAAUUCCAUACUGCGGUUUUAUUGAUGAUACGAGUAAACAGUUUGUUUUCUACGAAUGCUCGGAAAACGAAUCGAUGCUGGCGUCUGGAGUUUUUUGUCACAUGCAGAAUGGCGAAGUGAAACAUCUCUGGUUGGAAAUUCUAGAAGAUGAAUCCCCCGCGGGAAUGGACAGCGGUUGUACUGAGUUUCCAGAUGGAUCCGCAAACUUGAACUUUUUAGUUCACGUGGACAUUAUUGGCUCUAUGGAACGAACAGUAAAUUGUCAUACAAGCGACUUCGACCACCGAAUAAUUGAAUCAUCGGUUCAAAACAUCGAAGUUGCGAACGGUCGUCCUGGACUUUACACUGUAUUGUUUAUUCCGUUUCAGGUUCAUCCAGCUUCGGUUUACUGCUCUGUAUCCGUUCUGCCCAUUGGUGCCUCAAUUUCACUUUCGGCUACAUACAACUUCGGCCAUCUUCAUGCCAAUUAUUCUUUACAAAGGCCCCAUUUCGUUGAUUUUUGGGACAUUUUGAAUAGAACCUACGUCGUAAACGAAUCAUACUUCGGAAAAGACGUUUCGCUUAACCUCGGAGCAUUCGUAUAUCCUUUGCACAAACUAGAAAUGACAUUUCAGGAGUUCAAUGGGCAUCAAGAAGAGCGCUCAUUUAUCCAAAACGUAAGAAUGAUGUGCCUAAAUAGAUGCAAUGGGCCUUUUGUUGUAACACAUGUAGAAGUAGCAUUGCAACUGGCAGCUUUGCAGAGCUCAGAUACUGGAAAGUAUAGUCUGAAAGCAUGGUUUGAUCAGGAUGACGACACGAGUUUCUUUGAAUUUGAAAUAAUACAUCCUCCCAAAAUAUGGUGUGAAAAUACCUGCCAUGAAGCCGAAAUUGGUAAAAGCCUGAAAGCAUCUUGCAGCAUCCAAAAUCAUCUCAUAUCACGCUAUUUCACCCAACUUAACCUAAUUCCGUUCGCUGUCAAAAUCCACAAACUGAACCGCGGUCUAAAAACCGAGAAAAAUUUAUUGGAGUGUGAAGCGAAUUUCAAAAUGAAUACAACUCUUCGGCGCGUGGAUUUUUCUGGAUACGAUGUGUGGAGCCGAAAAUUGAUGAUCGAGUUUGAGAUUCGGAGCGUCCAAGAAUGGACCGAAGGGUUGUAUUACUUAUCAUUCGAGGUCAUUGAUAGUAAUUUUUGUUAUAUGUUCGGUCGAAACGGAUGCUCGUUUAAUGUAGCUACUCCUAACUCGACCUUGGAACUUUGUUCAAAUGAUCCGAUUCACGUGGUUGAAAAUGAUGGUUAUUUUGAGGUUAAACUGAAAAAACGAUACGGAUCCCUUGCCUCGAGACCAGGUGCUUGCGGAUCACAAAAUCCAGAAGCGUUCUAUUUCACUUCGGAGCUAUCUGCCAAAAAUGACACCUCAAACUACAUCGGUUAUGAGUACGGCACAUUUUACCGACUCUGUCUAACAGACUUGGGGAUCCAUUCGGCAACGAAGUGCAACCUUGAGGGCGGACAAAUAGUGACACAUGAGAUCCAAAACAUGGUAGAUUCAGAUGGCCGAUUGUUGCAUUCUGCCGAUCUCUCCUUCGAGAAAGUUUGGCGGGCACUGACUUGUAGAGCUCAUUAUGCUUGGAACGAUGAAAAAACGUCAUAUCCUGACAAAAUGAACUUCUUAGCCAUUCGCGAUAGCUCGUCGCUACCUUCACAAUUUAUCUAUGACGUCGAUCGGAUUACGGAGGAGUUUUACGAGCGAAAAAAUGAUAAAAACUAUGUUUUGUGUCGUUAUAACCGAGGUUUUGUUUGGAACAUGCAAAAGGCGCCUGGGAAUUGCAUGUACAAGAUGAUCGAAAAGCCCUCAUUUGAUCUAUCGGUCGAAAAAAUAUUCGUCCAAAUGCACGGCAGUUCUUCCGUGGACAUACAGUGCAUAAUAGAAAAUGGUAACAUUCAAAACUUCCAUGUGAAAACAAAUGAUACCAACGAUUUUUUGGUAUCCGUUCCAGUUAAAGUCAGCAACACACUUUCUCCAACCAGCUUUGAUUGCAAGCAGAUAUUUGGCGACGGAUCCAAAGAGCACACUCACUCAAACAUGUUUAAAUUUACAACCUCGCAAAACUAUCUUCCAAUAUCGGUCGACCCAAGGAUCGAAGAGGUGAACGUUUGGUGCAUACCUCAAAAAGGAAUGUUGAAGCAGCCUUGCUUUGGAGAAACUGUUAUUAUUCGGGCUUGUGCAAUUGGCAACCCAAUUCAAUUUUGUGGCUGGGAUUUUUACCAAGUGUUAGCAACUGAUGGCAUUGAACCAGUAAGAUUAUUGGAAUCCGGAUUUGAUAACUACUUCAUAAACAACACAAACCGCGAAAACCCGCAGUGCAAUGACACACAACUUUGCUCUGAAUUGACCAUCAAAAAUUUCACAAAUCAUUUUCAUACAGGAUUCUACUUGUUCAAGUGCAGUUCUGGCUUAAGUUCACACAGCAUUGAAGAAAAAUAUCUCGAAUCAACAAGCAAAAUGAUAAAAAUAACUGCUCAACAGUCAUCCUACAUCCACGAGAAACCGUUUUCGUACCGACUUCAAUGUUCACCUAAUGCGACCAUUCAUGGUUCAAUUACCAUAUAUGGUCAAGAGAUCGAGGCUAAUGUAACUUGUGGGGCUCGUGAUAAAAGUUACACUAUUGUUCCUUAUAGAAUGGACGAGAGCUUGAGCGGAGAAUCAACCAUUAGUUUUCAGAUUGAAAAGAUUCAAGAAGAUUUGUGGUGUGAAUAUUCAGGAAAAAACAAAUUCGCAGAACGAAAAUUGAUCAAGAAAUCUCAAGUGCCUCGAAUAGUUGAAUCGGUUCUAGUUAGUAACAACGGACUUACCGGUGACAAUUUGCAAUCUGUUUGUUGCGAUGUUUGUGCCUACGAUCUUCCGAAUCGAGCUAUUAAGUUGCAAUGUGCUAUUACAGUUUUGAGCAGUGUUUUCCGAAUUCCAUCAACUGAAGGUCCAUUUUCAUACGACGUUCAGUCUUCGACAUACCGAAAAUGUAUCACUUUGGAAAAUAGUCAGGUUGAAAAUAACUUCAAAUGCACUUGUGCUGUUAAAUCACUGAGUAGUACUAUUUCGUUUGAAGGAACCGAACUUGCGAAAGCUGCCGAAAUCGUCACUGCUGGUACUGAGGCGCCCUUUACACUCAAGCCAGCAACGACUGACGUAGCCACUGGUGAUGUAGCAAGUCCUCCGUUACGUCAUACGACACCGGAUGUCACUUCAACGGAUUCGACUUUAGCUGUGACUGGCGUUCCUAUUUCGCCACGUGAAAUUAAGUUGUUUUCAGGACUACAGGCCUUUAGCGCAGGAUCUAGCGAUGGUAAAAUAGGGUUCACAGAUGUAUAUAUCACCUUGAAGGCUCUCGCUGAGGAUUUCGAAUCGGACGAGUUAUUGACAUUGGCUGACAUCCAGACUACGAGAACGAUACUUCGAUUAAUGCAAAACAUAAGCAAAUUGGAAGCUAAUGGCCUGUUGGAGCUUCCGUGGAAAAAAGAAGACGCAACUCAAAACACAAUGCAAUUUCUGUUCGACAUUGGACUGAAACUUCUUACGGAUACAAAACACUUGAAAAAUGACAGAACUGGCGAAUUCAUGUGUAUACUAAUUUUGGAGGAUUUGACAGGCGCUUUUCAAAAUUUAGCCAAACAGCUCCACUUAAAUAAGAACGUUCUGGAAAAAAAUGGUCUCAAGAUCAAAGUGUGGAAUUUUCCUCACAUUUUGAACGAGAUUGAUACCUUGGAAAAGGUGGAGUUGGAGCAGAUUGACACUGAAGGCAUCGUCAAAGGCAUGAAGCAAAGGAUUUCGAUUGAUAUCGGUCAAUUGGGACGUCUUCAAGAGGAUGGAGGCACUGUAACUAUGGCCAUUGCAGACAGUUCUAUAGUUCCUAUGCCUCGUCAAUUACUCUCAAUCACCAAAGAUGUCGCAAGCAGUUCCUUAGAGCAAAUACGGUCUUUAAGAGUUGCUGACAUUGUUUCGGUUCAGGUGCGAAACUCUACCGGUGAUAAAUUGACCGAUGUCGCUCUUAACUACACACUGAAUCUUGACGACGCUCACCCACAAGAAACACAUGAAGGUUCAUUCACGACCAGAAUAGAAGUGAACUGUCGAUACUUCAACCUACAGAGCCACUCGUUCUCUCUGUCUGGCAUGGAUGACAUAGAAGUGUCUAGGUCCCACAUCCAGAGGAUUUCGAUUGAUAUCGGUCAAUUGGGACGUCUUCAAGAGGAUGGAGGCACUGUAACUAUGGCCAUUGCAGACAGUUCUAUAGUUCCUAUGCCUCGUCAAUUACUCUCAAUCACCAAAGAUGUCGCAAGCAGUUCCUUAGAGCAAAUACGGUCUUUAAGAGUUGUUGACAUUGUUUCGGUUCAGGUGCGAAACUCUACCGGUGAUAAAUUGACCGAUGUCGCUCUUAACUACACACUGAAUCUUGACGACGCUCACCCACAAGAAACACAUGAAGGUUCAUUCACGACCAGAAUAGAAGUGAACUGUCGAUACUUCAACCUACAGAGCCACUCGUUCUCUCUGUCUGGCAUGGAUGACAUAGAAGUGUCUAGGUCCCACAUCCAGUGUGCGUCGAGCCACCUCUCCGCUUUCUCCGCUGUGUCCACCACUAACAUGUUCAAAAACGACCCACAAGUUUCGGAUGAAGUAAGCUCUCUGUUGUGGCCCGGAUGCUUCGUGUCUCUCCUGAUCUUGCUGGCCAUAUUCCACACUCUGCUCUACCUGGACCCCUACAUGGACGACCAGGAGGAGAACCGGAUGGACUUGGUGCUGGUAGCAUCCGCUGCCACCUUCAUCUCCGCAUACAUCGCCACGUCUGACAAGUUAGAUGACUCAAACGUAGCAAUUCGCACAGCUGCCUCAGGUGUGGUCACCCUCGGCAUAUUCUGCCACGCAGGAUGUCUGCUUAACUACUCAUUGGGUGCAUAUCUCAUGGUCAAUUUCCUCAGACACAGCCACAAGCACACUGCAACAUGUCUAUACCCAAUCUCUGCUGUUCUCAUACCUUGUAAGCCCUCGAGAAUAUCGUUUUAA